AUGAAGGCCACCAGCGGUGUACGGAACCAAGUCUACGCCACAUGCAUUGUGAACAUCAUCAACCUGUCGCACGGGACAGCCCUGGCGUGGGUGUCACCGUAUCUGCCGGUGCUGAUGGAUGAGAACCAAACGCACCUUGAGUCUGGCCCGGUCACGGUGGAGCAGGGAUCGUGGAUCGGGUCCAUCCUUUGCCUGGGCGGUCUCUUUGGAGCAUUUCUCUACAGUUUUCUGGUGGAAAAACUGGGCAUCAAGCGCACCAUUCAGGCUCUCGCCGUUCCGCAUUCGGCGUUUUGGAUAACGGUUUACUUGGCCACGUCCGUGUACCACCUGUACUUGGCUCGUUUUCUGGCGGGACUAACGGGCGGAGGAAUCAUCGUCGUGUUUCCGCUCUUCGUGGCCGACGUUGCGGACAAGAAGAUCCGCGGCAUCCUGGGCACAUUCCUGGCGCUGAUGAACAACAUCGGAAUGCUGGUGAUGUACGUGAUCGGUAACAUUCUUUCGUACCAUACGGUCGUCUUCGUCGUGCUGGUGCUCCCAGUCGUCUUCACACUGCUCAUGUGCCUCAUACCGGACACCCCGCAAACGCUCCUGAAGCGUGGCCGCCUCAUGCAGGCCGAGCAAUCCUUCAUGUUCUACCAGGGCGUUCGAGCGGUGGAGGAAAAAUCGAUCGCCUUCGGUCAGCAGUUUGAAAUCAUGAAAAAGUUCAUCGAGACCAACACCCAGCAGAACGCACGUAUCACCCUCGAUGACUUUCGGACGCGUGAGGCCAAGCUCGGGAUUGCGAUCGGGGUGUUUCUGAUGUUCGUCAACCAGUUCUGUGGCAUCUUCACGGUUCUAACGUACGCCGCCAGCAUCUUUGCUACGGUCGGUUCCACACUCAGCCCAAACAUGUCCACCAUCAUCAUGGGCUCGAUCCAGAUCAUCGGGACAUUAUCGUCGUUCGUCCUGAUCGAUGUGGUCGGCCGUAAGGUGCUGCUAGUAAUUUCGACCUUCGGCAUCGGCCUGGGGCUUUUGCUGCUCGCCGUGUUCAACUGGCUCACCAUUGGCGGUGCCGAAGGGUUGUCCAACUACCAGUGGUUUCCGAUCGUGGCACUCUCCUUGACGGCGUACCUGUACGCAAUCGGACUGAGCAGCAUCCCGUUCUUUGUGCUACCGGAACUGCUACCACCGAAGAUAUGCAAUGUCGGCAACACACUCAGCAUGAUUUCGGUCACCAUAUUCUCGUUCAUCAGUCUUAAGAUAUUCCCUGUGAUGGUCGAAGUCAUAGAGCUGUACGGGGCCAUCGGCAUUUACGUUGGGGUUUGCUUCGUCGGCGGUACGGUCCUCUUGAUGCUCGUUCCGGAAACCAAAGGCAAAAGCCUUAUUGACGGUCAGAGUUCCAACGCAAUGCAGCCUCUUUCGUUUCCAUCGAUACGGAACCAAUUUCUGGGCACAUUUGUCGUGAACAUAAUUGCCUUGGCGCAUGGCACCACCUUGGGCUGGGUGUCACCUUCGCUGCCAUAUCUGCAGUCAAACGAAACGCAUCUAGCCGGAGGCCCGCUGACGGUCGAGCAGACGUCCUGGCUCGGUUCGUCCCUCUGCCUGGGCGGUAUGACCGGUGUCGUACUUUUCGGGGCACUCGCCGAUCGGUUUGGUAAACGCAGGGCCCUCCAGCUGGUUACCGUGCCGCAUGUUGCGUUCUGGUUGUGCGUACUGUUUGCUACCGAUGUGUACCAACUAUGCCUAGGGCGCGUGUUCGCCGGAGCUGCCGGCGGUGGGAUCAUCCGCAUUGUGCCGCUGUUUGUGGCCGAAAUAGCCGACUGCCGCAUACGUGGGAUGCUCGGAUCGCUGCUGCCAAUCUGUUUCAACUUCGGGACGGUCCUAGCGUUCAUCGUCGGGCGACUGUUGUCCUUCGGUACGGUGCCGCUGGUGUUGCUGGUGCUACCGGCCUUAUUUGCCCUAGCCAUGGCCUUUCUUCCUGACACACCGGCCUGUUUGCUGCGAGUUCUUCGUAACGAACGGGCGGAACGAUCUCUCAUGUUCUACCGCGGCGUCGGAGGCCACCUGGAGAAGUCGGACCAAUUUCGGAAGGAGUUCCAACGGCUGAAAGAUGUCAUCGAGCAGGAACGAAUCUCGCAAGAUGCCAGCCUAUCGUGGAAAGACUUUGGCACGGAACCGGCGCGUCGUGGACUCUCGAUGGCGGUGUUCCUGAUGCUGCUGAACCAGUGCAGCGGAUCGCUGGCCCUUAUCACGUACGCGGCUACCAUCUUCGAGCUGGCUACGGGAGUCGGAACUGGGGCUCACCAGACAUUGCCCACCUCACUGGCGGCCAUCGUACUCGCCACGGUGCAGCUUCUCGGGACGAUCGUUUCCCUGGUGCUGGUAGACCGCGUUGGCCGCCGGCCACUACUCCUCACGUCCUGCUUCGGGGUGGCCGCCGGGUACCUCGCCCUAGCCGCCCACGUCCAAUUCCGGCCACCAACACCCAGCGCUUCCACCCUCCAGCUACUGGUACCCCUUGGUAGCCUUUCGUUCAGCAUCCUGCUGGCCUCGCUUGGUUUGCUCACCGUUCCGUUCAUCGUGAUGGCCGAAAUUCUGCCCCCAAAGCUGAGAAACAUCGGCAGCACAAUUUGCAUGACACUCGUCGCGUUCUGUGCCUUCGCAGUGCUGAAGAUUUUUCCACCGAUGCUGACCAACGUUGGACUGCCGGGUACGAUGGGUUGUCUGGCGAUGGUUUGUCUGGUUGGGGCCGCUUUGGUCGCCGGGUUUCUGCCGGAAACGAAAGGAAAAGCACUAAUACCGGAAACUGAAUGUCUGCCGCACCCGGUGAUAUGAGAUUAUGAGCACACGAAAUGAGUUUCAACGUUUUUUUACACACGGUUAGGGUUUGAAUACAAUUGGAAAUGUUUCACGUUUUAAAAUUUUGUGGCAUGACGAAUGUAAUAUUUCAUUUAAGGCCGUUAGUGACUGUUGUACUGUUCCACGAACACGUGCUAUGCGUAGCGAAGCAUGGACUAUAUUCUGCUUCAUACUGAACACAUCU